AUGGCCUUCCGCCCACACACACACGCCCGCACUCUUUUCUCCCUUCACACUUUCCUCAUCCUCACGGUCCUCGCACUCCCUCACAUUACAAUUUCAUCCCCACUCACCUCCCCUCCAAAUAUCCCAAACAACCAAAUUCAAGUCCCAUUCAACCUCGUCCCCACCACCCAUAUCGACUCUCCCACUACGCCACUUCCAAGUGUUGAUGACAUCCACUCGACCAGCCACGUCCCGAUGCCAGUGGGAGGAAACGAGGGUCAUCAUCGCGGCUCGGAAGUCAUGACGGACGUACCCCGGUCAAGAUAUGGCAUUGUGGACUUAUCAGCACACAUACCCGUUGGAUUCCUACUCAAUUAG